GUCGCUGCGCCAUCGCAGGCCCUUGUCGAAGAACUUUGCGGGCAAUUAAGAUACACGUUCGUAGACUUACCGGAACUCGUAGAUUCAGAUGAGGAGCACAUGGAUGACGCAUCAGGACACGACCCACCACAACCCGCCAUCCUUCCACAACCCACAGCACUCUGGUCCCCACCACGCUUCCAACCAGCCACGCACCAGCCCCCGGGCGAACCUACACCCUACCACAACGACGCAGCACAGCACCCUUGCCAACAGGUCUUCCAGCAACACCAGCACCACGCCCUUCAGCCCCUAUUUCAACAUCAACAUCAACAUCAACAACCCUUGAAUUCUUCCCACCAGCAAGCCCACCAACAGCAAGUACCGGUACCGGUAGUCUCAUGCGACCACCAGCAGCAAGGCUUCACCGUACCGAUAGCCCCCGCCUGGUGGGCUGAGUCAGCAGCCCCGGCCGCAACACCCACAGCCGCCCCUACGCCCUCCAAUCCAGCCUCAACACCCACGGCGUCAUCAUACCCAGCGGCACCUGGCCAGCAGGCAGACUCCUUGCAUGCAGCGGCCCUUCCCGCGGGGGCGAUGUGGACGGCAGAGCACCAGCGGUUAGUGGCGCAGCAGACCAGGUUGGCGCCGCCGGUUGCGUAUGGGCAGCAUCAAGCGACGUGAGCCCACAUGGCAGCACGGAGCGGGCUUCCUGCACACCGGUACCUUAGCCCCAUGCAACUCGUGCGUGCAACGGGCCAGCAUAAACGGCGACCUGUGAUUUGGGUCCUGUAGGUUUGACAUCUAUAACUGCUCGUCUGCUACUUCAGUUCUGUGAAGAACGCAUUCCGGCAUUGCCUUACAAUGAAGGUUCUUGCUGGUAUGGCAAGUUGGAUGCUCCGUACCGGCGACCUCUACCUACAGCCAACUGCUGAGAAGGCGUGGCCGAUAUGCCAUGUGGGGCACGCCUGGUUGAAGCAUAUGUAUACGUAAUUCUCGAAUCGUACUGGGGCGCAUUUGACGAUGCCUGAGGACUAAGCUGUAUAGGGAAGGGCUUGAGGCACGGUGCCUACGGCGGGACGAGGGGGCUCAUAUGGGUUUUCAGCGAACUAUCCUUAUCUUUCAGGACAAGCAAAUGUAAUUUCAAGUUGUGUAUAAAUGUGCAAACUAUGUGCUCCGGCGGGCGACUUUUGACACCUCAGCUCCAUGUACCGCCUGUGCAAAUUGCACGGUCAUUUGCAUACAAACAGUACCAAACAGUCUUAUCUGGUUUACUAUCCAAAGUAAUUAUAAGAUUAAACACCAGUCCAGUUCUCCUUAUUACGUUCCUAUUCCGUCCCAACGGAACCUGACAAGCGAAGAGGCGCUCGUGCUGCACACGCCAUCCUUGCUAUAAACUUGUGUCUUUAAGGACCCCAACGACAUCAGCUAUGAAAGGCGGGCGGCAGCGGCAAAGCCAUCAUAGCUCUGCCCGGGGUACAGCAAAGACAGGCCGCACAGUUACGCUUAUCACUAACAAGUAUGGAGUGCGGCCACCUCAGAGCUGCGCGAUCGCUGCACAGCUUACAACAUCACCCGCAGAAUUCAGCGGGCGAACAGUAGGUGCUGCGUCCUGCUUACGUCCAACUUCUCCUCCAUGGCGCACGGUGGCGCCCCGCGGCAAAGAUGUAGUUGCAAAGUCGACAGAUUACGUAGCCUCGGCGAGCGAUGAGGGAGUGUUGCGCUUGCCUGGUCGCACAGAGCUCGAACCCCACAUGGUAACCAGCGUCUUCGGCUAUGCUCGUGACCUGCCGGAGAAGUACAGCUUGGGUCGGGUUAUCGGCGCCGGUAGCUUCGGUGUGGUGCGGGAGUGCAUGGAGCGGGCUACAGGACGCAUCGCCGCGGUGAAAACCAUUCCCAAAGUUCCCAAGAGGGGCCUACCCACGCCUCGGUACCUGCUCAAGUUGCGAACGGAGGUUGAGAUCAUGCAGCAGCUGGGUUUCAGUCUGGACGCGGUGAACCUGCGCGACGUGUUCGAGGACGACGACGCCAUCCACCUUGUGAUGGAGCUGUGCGAGGGGGGGGCGCUGCUGGAGAGGAUUGAGGCGCACAAGUACUCUGAGAAGUACAUCGCGCGCCUGACCCGCUCCAUCCUGCGCUUCAUCAGCCAGUGCCACGCCAAGGGCAUCAUCUACCGGGAUGUGAAGCCGGACAACUUCCUGUUUCUGCGCCACGACGACGAGUCGCCGCUCAAGGCAACCGACUUUGGGCUGUCCAUCCGCCACUGGCCGGAUGAGCCCAAGCUGACCUCGCGCUCAGGCACACCCGCCUACAUGGCUCCGGAGCUCGUACUUCAGUCGUACGACGAAAAGUGCGACAUCUGGUCCGUGGGCAUGUUGACGUACCAGCUGCUGACGGGUCGCUUCCCCUUCUGGGAGGACGUGCGCACGCAGACGCUGAGCGACGUGUGGAAGGCCAUCCUCACGCAGGACGUCAACUGGAACGCACCGGAGCUGAAGCAGCUCUCCCCCAGCGCCGUGGACCUGCUGCGGCGGCUGCUGCAGCGCGACCCCGGCCUGCGCCCCUCCGCCUUCGCGGCGCUGGAGCACCCCUGGCUGAGCGACGAGGGGCGCGCCAGGGACCUGCCGCUGCAGGGGAGCGUGGUGCAGCGCCUGCAGCGCUUCUCCACGUUCGGCCACCUGAAGCAGCUGGUGUUGCGCAUGAUCGUGGACGAGAUCCAGGACGAGGGCAAGCAGGGCAAGGCGCCAGCCAGCCGCACAGCCAGUGCGGCGCUGGGGAACCUGCAGGACCUGUUCAACGAGCUGGACACGGACGCCAGCGGCAGCAUCAGCCUGGAGGAGUUGAGUGCGGGUCUGCGGCGGCAGGGCUACGUGCUGGCUGACAACGAGAUCGAGAACCUCAUGCGCCGAGUGGACUUCGACCACAAUGGCACCGUGGACCUGUCGGAGUUCAUCACCACACUGCUGGACUGGGAGCAGAUGCAGGGGGACCAGGGCUGGCAGGUCUACCUGGACCACGCCUUCCGCAAACUCGACCACGACGGGGACGGCUACAUCUCCCUAGACGAGCUGCUGCACCAGCUGCCCCCCCUGCGGCCCGCGCCCUCCGGAGCAGCAGCAGCGGCCGUUGUCAGCGGUCCGGGCGCGUUGGCACAGGCGGUGGUGUCUGGCGCCGCCGCCGCGUUCGGGUUUGGCAGCCGGGGAUACGACGGGGACGCGGAACGGCUGGCGGAGGCGAAGCUAAUGCUUCGUGAGGCAGACACGAAUGGCGAUGGCAAGAUCAGUCGGGAGGAGUUCUUUGACCUGCUGCGGGAGAACCAUGCGCCCGACAGCCUGUCUUUCUACGACAACCGCCUGUCGUUGGACGGCCGUGGCAACACCACCGCCACAACAGCCAUCAUGAAGCAGGAGGGCCGCCCGGCGGCAGCCAAGCUGUGACCCACGUGGAGGCAGUUGGGGGUGAGACGUG